AAAAUUCCAGUUUAUCCUUGCCUUAACCCAGGGUAAAGUACCUUCCUUAAUAAUUAGGGUUUCCCUUUCGAUCACUUCGUAUAUGUUCAAUUUCAACGAGCUAGCCAAAACUAUGGGAGGAGGGAUGAAGGCGGCGGCGAAGGUAGUGGGAUUCACAGUGGCCACCGGGGGGCUCCGAGGUGUCACUGCCGUCGAGAACUACCCGGUCACUUUUUCCGCUCGUAAGGUUGCGUCUUCUUGUCCCGUUUCAGCGAGGGUCUCGUUGGAGGAUGACGUGAAACUGAAGUCCUCGCAGUCGCAGGCUGACGUCCAGAGGCCUUGCUCGGAGCUCGAUGAUUGGGAGUUCGCGGGAGGAGAGGAGGAUUUGUUGGUUAGUGCUGACGAGCCCGUGCCAAGGGUUGUAUUUGGCGGCCUGCCGACUCUUCAGGAAGCUAAAGAGGCCACUUCUGAACUCACCGUGGCUGUCGAAAAGGCUUAUCUGUCUUCUUCUCAUUCUGUUGGCCAUGGAGGUUCACAUACAUCAGAUCACGGUUCCACCUUACUUUCUAACUCAAAAGUUCAAGACACCAGGCACACUACUGAGAAAUCCGUAGCACCUGCAGUACCAACUCAUGCUAUUGAAGCAUUUAGGUUUCUAAACAACAGCUAUGCAGCUCAGAAUGUUGUUGCCUCAAUUGCUUCUGAUCCAAAUGUAUGGAAUGCUGUAUUACGAAAUCAAGAGCUUCAGCAGUUUCUGCAGUCACAGAAGACCUGUUUUGCCACGUCGGGUAUGAAUUUAGAUGUCAAGGAAUCAGUUGCCGAAAAUGAUCUACACGACCACUCAUUCCAGGAGUGCGAUGAUAGACCAUCCGACUCAGGUCAUUCCAAGUCAGGAAAUGGAUUUCAGGAUAUUAUGCAGAAGAUCAAGCUUGCUGUGGUUGAUAUGAUGAAUAGCUUGUCAGGUUUCUUCCAAAAUUUCUUCAGAGGCCAGGCAGCCAAUAAAGUAUCUAUGAAUGAUGAUGGAACUGCAAGAUUAAACGGUGUAGAGACUGUUUUGGAAGCAUCAUUCAUGGGAUUGGCAGUCAUGGCAAUAAUAGUAAUUUUACUGAAGCGAGGUUAGUUGUCGUUAUUUGCAAGAAUUAGUCGAAGCUACAUGCAGUAUGAUGAAAUCAUGCUUUUCCUUCUCUUUUUCCUAGUUUGUUACUGAACACUAUUUUGAAAUACUUGUAAUGCAUUGUGCAUAUAUAUAUAUAUAGAGAGAGAGAGAGAGGGUCUGUUUUUACUUUUUUUUUUUUUUUCUCCUAGUUUCUUUGCAACUUCCAUGCCUUUAUAUAUUUAUGUUAAAAAGGGGCUGAUUAUCCAUAAAUUACUGGAUAUAGUUCUUAUGGUAAAGUCUGGACUAGUCUUUUAUCAUUGACUAUUGGUCUCGUAAUUUGUGCAUACAUCAAUUUUGUGA